GGAUUUUGGAGGCUUGGGGGCGCCGUCCGCUACGGUCUCUGUGCAGCAGUUAGUGCCCGCCCCCUUCACUUUGACUAGCCAAUCGUUGAAGCCUCUGGAAGACGCUCGACCAAUCAGAGAGGCCGGAUGAUAUUCAAUGAAAGUUUUGCUUUUAGAGUUUUGAAGACCGCGAGGACAAAAACUGAGAGGAGAAGGAUUAACGGAUUGAGCCACAACCGCGGUGAUAGUGGUGUAAAAAAGUGGAUUUUUUAAAUUAAAAACGUAGGGUAUUCUGCUCCUCCAAAAGCCACUCACUCACUGUUAGCGGAAAAAAGCCCCUCUCCCUCCCUGUAUCUCACUCUCUCUCUCUCGCUCGCUCUCCCCCCCCACCUCCGAAGUCAGCGCCGAGGAGAGCGGAGCGGAGCCGGGGUGGCAGGUGUUCAGUUGCGGGAAACGCAUCGCUUCAGACGGUCUCCCCAAAGCUCUAACAGGGGCGCCGACUUCCACCGCGACGGAGGGAGAGGAGAAAAAAAAACCCUGGCUAAAACUCGCAUUACUGAGGAAGAAAACUCCAGUGAGUACGAAUGGACGAGAAUAAUUAAAAUAUAUUUGAAGUUUUUUUUGGUCUUUCUCGGAAGCCGUUGAAGGAAAAAGAAAAGGCUCAACCGGCGUCGCGCGGCAGCUUUGACGUUCAAACCCACUACUUUUUAAAGCUGGAAUUUACACCCUUUUUUUCCAGCUCUGCGUGUACAGACCAGUGUUUUUAUUUUUUUUAAACAAGAAACAAGUUGUAGUGUGUAAUUAAAAAAAAGAAAAGAAAUAAAAACCUGUUGUGUCGUAUGUUUUGUCCCCGUGUAAUGCGAGCUGGUGGCGCAUCACGGCGCGACAAGUGAAACAGGAGAAAAAAGGAGUCCCUCCUCUGGAAGAGUGGAUAUAAUUUACUACUUAAAGUCGAAACUGAAAAAAAAAAAAAAAAAAACAAAAAAGGCUCAAGAUCUUAAUUUCCUCUAAUCGCAGGACAAAUCCAGUGUUAUUCACAGAAUCAAUUUGUUGAUUGCUGUUGUUUUUUUUUAUUCAGAAGCAGAUCACAGAUGGGUAGUUUUCGUGUUUUAUCGCAUCUCAGUCUGAACAGUUAAAUGAUCCACAGGACAAUAAAUCCCCAGCGAAAGGCUUUAAAACAAGCGCGGAUUUGAGGUUUGUUGCAGAGAAUAAGCCGAUAAACGACACUCAAAUGUAUUAAUUCUUCUGCUCAUCAAUCCAAAAGGAGGAAAUAAAAAAAAAAAUGAGGCAUCGUGGCUCUCAGAAGCUCUCUGGAUCGCAGUGAGAGAUUACGGUUUUGUCAAGCCUCCAGAGGGGAAAGUACUCUGCCUUUUUUUACUUAUUUUAUUCUUUUUUUUUUUUAAACCGCUUGGAUCUGGGUAUUCGGAGCGGGAAGCUCCUGGAUCUUCUACCCGCCCUCCUGAUCUCCCCAUCCAGCUCGGGGAAGCACCGAGAGGCUCUGAUUUCUCCCACCGGCACAGGGCAGAAAGGAGCUGCAGGAGCAAAAAAACCGCAGUUCUCUCCGCGGCUUUUACGCGCCAGGAUGACACCGGGAGGGAGCAGCGAGAGAUCCCGGAACCGGCGGAGGAUGAGGGGAGCCAGGAUCGGGACGGCCCGGAGUGGGAGUCUGCCUCUCUGCCUGGUGAUCCUCCUCGGAUCCAGCUGCCACAUGUUGCACGGUCAAGAAGUGGCUCCCUACCUGCAAGGAGGAGAGCGGGGGCAGCAGGUGGUGCUGGAGGGAAACAGGCUGGUGCUGACCUGCCCAGCUGGAGGCAGCUGGCCUUUGCAGUACCGCUGGACCCUGAACAACACCAACGUCACAGACUGGACGCCGCAGUACAGGUUGUCCAUGCCGUCGCUGAAGAGAGCUGACGCUGGCUCGUAUCAGUGCAUGGUGAGGAACCGGAUGGGAGCCGUAAUACACAGGAGAACAGAGGUGCACGUCGCCUUUAUGGGAAAUUUCUCCUCCGGGGAGCAGAGAAAGACGGCGACUCGGGGCCGAGCCGCCAUCAUCAGCCCACCUCCUCUGGCUUCCUUUCCUAGACCCCUGGUCACAUGGUACAAAGAUGGACACAAGAUCAUCCCCAACAACCGAAUAGCAAUCACUUUGGACAAUCACCUAGUUGUCCUGGCAACCACCGCGGCGGAUGCAGGACGUUACCAUGUAGAGGCGUUGAACGAGAUGACAGGCGAGAACGUGACGAGCCCCGCUGUCUACCUGAGCGUCUCAGUUGGCAAGAAAAACCGCGGGUCAACAGAUUCUCUAUCGGAUUCAUCAAGUCAAAGCUGUGGCUGGGCCGGUCCAAAAUAUCCUGAGUCAGAGCAUGUAGCUCCAGCAAUCGUGAUUGGACCUAAAAACACAACAGUGGUAGUGGGCAAGGAGGCUACGCUGGAGUGCAUUGCCAACGCUAGACCAGUUGACGGCCUGGCGCUGUCAUGGAAACGUGAUGGACGUCGGCUGGCCGGUGGGCGUCGGCUCAUUGUUCCUGCCGCCACCUCCUCAGACGCGGGGCUGUAUGUUUGUGAAGCGUUGGUUAGCAACAGCACUGCCAAACCCGUGGAGGCGAGGGCGUACCUGACUGUUAUGGAGCCACCGUCUCUGACUGUUCAACCCAAAAGGAAAAUCUCUGCUGAUCUCGACAGAAAUAUAGAAAUCCCCUGCCAGGCUUCAGGUGUGCCGCAGCCAAGGAUUGAGUGGUACAAGGACGCGGUGCCUCUGUCCAAACUGGCCAAUGCCCGCUACAAGGUCAGCUCGGCCACUGGGCUGACGGUGCGCAGGGUGCAGCCAGGAGACGGGGGGAUAUUCCAGUGCUUCGCUCGCAGCCCUGCAGGAGAAACUCAGGCACACACAGAGCUCCUUGUUUCUAGUGUGGCUCCCACACUUCUUUCCCCUCCCUCUGACCAGACAGUAACUGAUGGCGACACAGCUUUGUUUACCUGUCAGAACAGUGGAGCUCCAAGACCUGCCGUCACCUGGAGGAAAGGAUCACAGGUCAUAGCCAGCGGCUCGGUUCAGGUCCCCAGGUUCACACUGCUGCAGUCGGGGGGUUUGCAGAUUCGACCGGUCAGUGUCCAGGAUUCGGGGGAAUUCACCUGCAUCGCGUCCAACUCCGAGGGAACCAUCAACGCCACUGCUGCACUCACCGUGUGGAGUCGCACAGUCAUUUCUGUGCCUCCAGACGACCAGCGUGUAAUCAAAGGAACCACCGCCGUUCUGGCCUGUAACGCCACGCAUGACCCCAGAAUUAGCAUCAGCUUCAAGUGGGAUCGUGGCGGCGUGGCGGUUCUGCCCAGCAGCGGCGGCCGUGUUUCUGUGCGGCCGGGUUCUUUAACCAUUAGCCAGACGUGGUCAGGUGACAUCGGGGACUACACCUGCAGUGUGACGUCGCAAGCGGGAAACGACUCUCGGUCUGCACGCCUCGAAGUCAUCGAGCUGCCGCAUUCCCCGCGCUCCCUAACGGCUCGUCUCAAUGACUCAGACUCGCGCUCCGUCCACCUGUCCUGGCUGCGCCCCUUUGAUGGAAACUCCCCUCUGCUCUACUACGUCCUGGAGCUCUCUGAGAACAAUUCUCCGUGGAAGGUCUACCUAUCCGAGGUGGAUCCUGCGGUGAGCGAGGUCUCAGUGGGCGGGCUCACGCCGGCGAGAACCUACCAGUUCAGGCUCUGCGCUGUCAAUCAAGUGGGCAGGGGUCAGUACAGCGCCGAAACGCAGAGGAUGAUGCUACGGGAGGAGGCCCCCAGCGCGCCGCCUAAUAACAUCGUGGCCAGUGGUCGUACCAACCAGUCCAUUAUGGUCCAGUGGCAGCCGCCUCCAGAGUCGGAGCUUAACGGCGUCCUCCGAGGAUACGUGCUAAGGUACCGCCUGGCCGGGUUGCCGGGGGACUACCAGGAGAAGAACAUCAGCACCCCAGAGACCAACUACUGUCUGCUGAAGGACCUCAUCAUCUGGACUCAGUACCAGAUCCAGGUGGCCGCCUACACAGGAGCCGGCCUGGGCGUCUACAGCCGGCCCGUCACAGAGUACACGCUGCAGGGAGUUCCCACCGCGCCGCCACAGGAAGUGGAAGUUGUAGCUAUUAACUCGACCACCAUCCGCUUCACGUGGAACCCUCCGCCUCAGCAGUUCAUCAAUGGCAUCAACCAGGGAUACAAGCUCCUGGUCUGGCCAGAACAAUCUCCAGAGGAGGUUAGAGUGGUAACCAUCACUCCUGACUACCCGAGCUCACGCCACACAGGAUUAGUCAGCGGCCUCAGGAAGUUUACCUGGUACUAUGGCUCCACGCUCUGCUUCACCACACCUGGGGACGGUCCCCGCAGCGCACCCACCCUGCUGCAGACACACGAGGACACACCUGGGCCUGUUCGCCACCUGAGCUUCACGGAAAUCCUGGACACAUCCCUUCGAGUCAGCUGGGCUGAGCCACUGGACAAGAAUGGCAUCAUCACCGGUUACAUGCUGUGGUGGGAGGCGCCCAGUGUAAAGUCAAGCCGAGUGGAUCGCUCCCUGUCCAACUCCACCCUUCAGUACCAGCUGACGGGCCUCACCUCCACCACUGCGUACACAAUUCAGGUGGCAGCGCGGACGGGGGCAGGACAGGGCGUGGUCGCGUCCGCCACCAUCUCCACCGGAGUCCCACCAGAGCUUCCCGGGGCUCCUUCCAACCUCGUCAUCUCUAACAUCAGUCCCCGAACAGCGAUGCUCAGGUUCCGCCCUGGUGCUGACGGCAAGACCGCAAUUUCCAGAUGGAUCGUCGAAGGACAGGUGGUGAAGGAGGACGGGAAGGAGGAGGCAUGGAGGGUCGUUUACCAGAAAGACAACGAGCCGGACGCAGACACGCUGGAGAUCCCCAGCCUAACUCCCUUCACUCGGUACAGGUUCAGGAUGCAGCAGGUGAACAUCGUCGGCUCCAGUCCGAUGAGCGCCCCCUCCAGGCUGAUUCAAACACUACAGGCUGCCCCUGACACGCACCCCUCCAAUCUAAGCCUCGUGUCUGCGACACAGACCAGCCUACGUUUUAGCUGGAAGCCUCUCCUAGAGUCCGAGUUCAACAGCAGCCCGGAGACCGUGGGCUACCGGCUCCGUGUGUGGAGGACAGACGGAGACGGGGAAGACAGGACCGAGGACGUAAAGGGCGGGUUCGGAACGUCUGAAGCCACAAUAGAGGGGCUAAGUCCCUGGACCCACCAUCAGGUUCAGAUACAGGCCUUCAACUCCAUAGGACCCGGACCGUGGAGCCAAAAUGUCGCAGCACGCACCGCCGAAUCCGCUCCGUCUGGUCCUCCAGCGAAUGUAACCGCCGAGGCAGUGAGCUCCUCCAGGAUCAUGCUCACCUGGGCUCCACUUCCUGAGGCACAAAGGAACGGAGUCAUUAUUGGGUAUAAGGUGUUGUACAGGGAGAAGGACUCCGACGGUCCCCCUAGUGUUCGGGUGGUAGAAGGAGACAGAAAUUUAACACUCCUCCUGGGUUUCCUCCAAAAAUACACCAUGUAUGCACUGCAAGUGCUGGCGUACACACGGAUCGGGGACGGUCCUCCCAGCGGCGCCGUCCUCCUCAGAACCAAAGAAGAUGUACCUGGGCCCCCUGUCCGCAUGAUGUUUCCAGAGGUCCGGCUGACAUCGGUGAGGGUGGUCUGGCAGCCACCCGCGUUUCCCAACGGCAUCAUUUUAGGCUACCAGAUAUCCUACCGCCUUCAUAGCAGGGAUCCUCUGCGGUGGACCACUGUGGAAGUGGGCUCCAACGCUCGCCAGUUCACCGUCACAGGCCUCGCCUCUGAGCACACCUACGUGUUUCGCCUCACGGCUCGCACCGCCGUGGGUUGGGGCGAACCGCAGGAGGCCCUGGUUGUUACCACUGAACGCCGAGGUAAACAACACACUGCUUUUUCUCAAAGCGCUGUCCAUAUCACCACUCGGGUUGAUUUACCGAAGUUGUGUGUCUCCGUUCUGGAUUGUGUGUCAAAUGCUCUGCGUUAUCAGAGCAGUACGAAGUGAAAUCAAUAAUGUCAG